CGGAGAAUUCAUCUACAGGAUAAAGAUGAUGGGGUACAUCUUGAUGCCAAAAAAUCCAACUUGUCAAAUGAUGAUAUAUUGGAUGAGGACAUUGUCGAGUCUGAUGUUGAGUUGGAUAACAUUGAUGUCGUAGAGCCUGAUAAUGAUCCUCCACAGAAGAUGGGAGAUCGUUCUAUUGAAGUUACUGAAGAAAAUCGGGAUGCUUCACAAAUAUUAAAAUCAAAAGCUAUGGAUUCAAUCUCUGAAGAUAAGCUGCAUGAAGCCAUAGAUCAUCUCACAGAAGCUGUCAUGUUGAAUCCAAGUUCUUCGAUACUGUAUGCAACUAGAGCUAGUGUGUAUGUUAAACUGAACAAGCCAAUUGCAGCAAUACGUGAUGCUGAUGCAGCUUUACAGAUCAACCCUGACUCAGCUAAAGGGUAUAAAAUACGAGGAAUGGCACGGGCCAUGUUGGGCCAGUGGGAAGCAGCAGCAAAGGAUUUGCAUGUAGCGUCAAAUUUGGAUUAUGAUGAGGAGAUUGGAAUGGUGCUUAAAAAGGUUGAACCUAAUGCACACAGAAUUGAAGAACAUCGGAGAAAAUAUGAACGUCUGCACAAAGAAAGGGAGCAAAGAAAAAUUGAGCAUGCAAGGAAGCAGCGGCGGGGUGAAGUACAAGCGAAAUAUGAAAGGGAAAUGAAGAUGGAACAACCUUCUGAAAGUAAAGCUUCAGAUCCAGAAGCUGCGUCUGCCUUGAAGGAAGGGCAAGUUAUUGGCAUUCACUCUGCUGGUGAACUGGAGAAGAUGUUAAAAGCUGCUUCAAAGUCAUCCCGCCUGGCAGUUCUGUACUUCACAGCAACCUGGUGUGGGCCCUGCCGCUUCAUUUCGCCUCUUUUUACAACCUUGGCUGGGAAGUACCAAAAAGUCGUAUUCUUGAAAGUUGACAUUGAUGAGGCAACGGAUGCGGCAGCACGCUGGAAUAUAAGCAGCGUGCCAAGUUUCUUCUUUAUAAAAAACGAGGAGGAGAUUGACAAGGUUGUUGGAGCCGACAAAAGUUCACUCGAAAGGAAGAUUGCCCAAUAUGCUAGCUAAUCUUGAUUUGUAACUUAAGUCACCAGGCUUUUAAUACCUGUUAUAUAGUUUGUUCCUGUACUCUAGAUCACUUGUAUGUUGCAACCAAUGUGUCCCUUAGUCAUAAUUUGGUCCUUUUGUGUUGUGGUCGUUACAUAUGGAGAGAUUGUUCGAUAAACUUUCCUUUAUGUACUUAUAGUGACUUAGGCCUCGUUUGGGAACUGACUGUUUUAUUUUAAAAUUAAAAAGUUAUUGAAAAAA